UAAACACUGACGAUCUCAGGAUUGUCAGUAUCACUUCGUCUUCCAGCCAGAUAUUUCAAGUCUUCCUUCGCUCGCACCAGCUGAUUCAAGAUAUCAACAAUGGCUCCCACCAACGUUCUCGCUAUGUUCCGCCCUGCUCAGGUCCAGGAAUUUAAAGAGGCCUUUGCUCUGAUCGACGUCAACAGGGACGGAAUCAUCCAGGUUGAUGACCUGAAGAGCAUCUACGCCAACCUGGGAAAGGUUCCAUCUGACGCAGAACUGCAGGAGAUGCUGAAGGAAGCACCUGGUCCCCUCAACUUCACCACCUUCCUCAACAUGUUCGGGGAGAAGAUGGGAGGUACUGAUUCGGAAGAAACAAUCAAGAACGCUUUCGCUAUGUUUGACGAAGAUGGCAAAGGAACACUGCCGGAGGAUUACAUCAAAGACCUCCUGCAGAACAUGGGAGACAACUUUACCCAAGAUGAGAUAAAAAUGACAUGGAAGGAAGCACCUAUCGCUAAGGGCCAGUUCAACUAUGUGGCCUUCACCGGCAAACUGAAGGGCAAACAGGACGAGGAGGAGAUGAAAGCAUAAACCUUGACCUUGAAUGUAACCUUGACCUUUAUCGAGCUCAUACAUAACCUUGACCUACGUCUGGUGUCAUGGCCAUUGUAUACUAAGUGUACAAACCGUUUACUGUGAAAGGAUAUGGUGACAGUAACUGACUGUAAGAUACCGUCAACGUGUACAUAAGAGUUAAUAUAACAUUAUUGAACAUUUGUCUAAUCUUUUGAAAUUUGUUAAGAGAAUGAUAUCUGACAAAUACUGAUAUGGAUGUUUGCCACUGAACGAAUGUGUACUAUACAUGUAUAUACGUUUUUAUUUAUACCACCUCAACAAUAAACAUGAACAGAAAU